GUCGCGAUCUGCAGCCCCAGGAGGAUGGCGGGAGCGCAAGGCCACCAUCCAACGUCGGCGGGCCCGUUUCCCCGCCUCGCGGCCUGGGGCUCUCCGCGCACGCGCCCUCGUCUCCCGGGGGGAGAGGUGGGGCUCGGGGGGCGGGGCCUGCGCAUGCGCCCAUCCGUCCCGCGACCCUGGGAAGCGCAGCUGGCGGAGCUUGACGCGGAGGCCGGCCAAGGUGGGAUACUGAGCCCAGGUGCGAGAAGACGGGGUUUGGGGAUGGGCCCCGAACUCCCGCAGUUUUUAUUACACGCUCAAGGUGCCCCGGAUACCAUGGCCCUCGUGUCCGCCGAUUCCCGCAUUGCAGAGCUGCUCACGGAGCUCCAUCAGCUGAUCAAACAGACGCAGGAAGAGCGUUCGCGGAGCGAACACAACUUAGUGAAUAUUCAGAAGACCCACGAGCGCAUGCAGACCGAGAACAAGAUCUCUCCCUAUUACCGGACAAAGCUGCGAGGCCUCUACACAACUGCCAAAGCCGAUGCAGAGGCCGAGUGCAAGUGAGUGUGACCCCCUCGCCCUGCCCCCGGCUCUCCUCCCUCGCCCUGUGCUGCCGGGGAUGAGCAGAUUCCAACACCCCAGCCUCUCCCGGGAACCCUCCUUCCCUAGAAUCACAUCUAGGCCCCCUCUGCCUGAGCCCUGCUGUUUCACAGCUGACAGCACGGCAGGGGGCAAAUCCUGGCUGCUGCCCUUUACUAGUCACGUGGCCUUGGGAGGUCGCUUCCCCUGAGACUCAGUUGCUCUGUCAUUAAAAAGGGAUAAUAGCUAUCUAUAGAAUUGUCAACAUAAAAUGAGAUCAGGCAUGUGAAAUGUCUAAGGCCAGUGUUCUUCAUCUCUUUUGACCAUAACACGUAUUAGGAGAUACAUUCUCUGUUGUGGCCUAAUAAUAACAACAACAACAAUAAAAACUCUGUGUGCUGUACUGUGUGCCGGGUACUAUUCUAAGUACUUUAUAUAUUUACCUCACGGAAUCCUCAGAGCAAUUCUAAAAUGGGUGUUACCCCCACAUAACAGAUGAGGAAAUUGAAAUUCCAAGGGGUUGCGUAAUCUUCCAAAGGGCUAGUAAGUGGGGGAGGCCAAUUUCAAACCCAAAGUCCAUAUUCUUUAAUCCCAUGCUACAAUGAUACAAUGAAGCCUUUUCACAGCACACACACACACACACACACACACACAUUGGUUUUAUAUGUGUGUGUAUUAUCACAGAAUUGGAAUAAGAAUUACAGUUUUUACUGUUACAAUGUAUAGUCUGUUGUUUAAAUGUUGUUACCCAAGAAAUUAUUUUCAUGACUCAAUAAUGAGUCACAGACUACAUUUUACAAAACACUGCCUUGCAUGUGUGCGCGGCAGGUGACAGCCGUGCGCCUGAGGCAGCACUCCAAGCAUUCCUGGUGGCUCCAGGGUGCUUCCUGUCCUCCCAUCUGGCUCUCCUCCGGCUCUUUCCGGCACUCAGAAUCCCAUAUUCUCUUUGCCUGCUGUCAGUCAUUCUGCAAACCUUUGCUGGUGCCAUUCCUGCGUUCGGCCUGAGCAGUCCUUAUCUAGACACACAAGGUAGUGAGGCUCCUGCGUUGGAGCUCAAAGCAGCCCAAAAAGGAGAGACACCCUAAAAAAAAGAAAAAAAGAAAAAACGUGUAGAGGACAGUAUGGUUGACGAGCCAGCAGAGAUGGGACGGUGUCAGAGACGGGGAGAGUCUUGAGUUGGGGAUCUGCAGGUAGGCAGACAGGACACGGUCCAGGGCUCAGGCAUUUGGGGAGUGAGAACUAGUCCUGUAUGGCUGGGGGGAGAGGAGGGCAGGAACGUGGGGGGCCCCCAGUAGCUGGAAUUUGUCCUGGAGGCCACAGGGAACCCACGAAGCUGUAAAAGAGGAGAGAAACCUUUGGCUGCCACAUGGAGAACAGCCUGGGAGAGACUGAAGGCUAGUUAGGACCCCAGGCAAGAGUCACUGGUGUUGAGCUGAGACAGUGGCAGUGGGACUGGAGAAGCAAGGGUGGGUUCAGGGGCUGUUUCUGAGAUCAAAUUGAGGACGAGUUGGAAGCAGAGAAGUUGAAGAUUGCAAGGUUUUUACUUGGACAGAGGGACCCAAUGGGGCUCCCUAUGCCACACGUUAGGGAGCAGAACAGAAGGGUGGGGCUGACUUGGGGGAGAAGAGACAUAGUGAACUUAGAUUGGAGGUGUUGCCUUCUUGGCUCCCCCACCCACCCUUCCCCACCCCCAUCUGCUCCCUCCCUGACUGGCAAAUUUCUCACCUGCCCAUAAUCCAGCCCUCUCCCAGUCACCUGGGCUGGAGUCUGACUUCCAUAAGGCAGAGUAACCCGCCCUCAUUUGAGUGUAAAAGACAAACUGUGCCUUCCCAGCUUAACUGCUGGCAAAGUGAGGUGACAGCUUCUAAGACCAGUUUGGUGUGGGCUCUUCUCUGGCAUUGACUCACCCAGAGUUAAGCUUGUGUCGUAACUACAGGUCCCGACUUCUUGCACUUCUUCUGCUGUCUCACUUUUUCAAAUGGUCGCACUUGCAUGCAUUCAUUUGCUCAACCCUGAGUGAAGCCACCUCAGCACCAAAAUGCCCUGCGGGGCGUGGGACAGCGGGUGGCGUAGAGAUGCCAGCAAGGAGCUCCGAGGCUGGGAGGGGACGCAAUGCCGUGUGUUCCUGUAGCACUCAUCCAGGUGCUGCUGUUCACAUCGGCUCACUUGCUAAGUAGGUAAAUUGGGACCCUCUGGAAACUGAGGAGGUGCCAAGAGCCUGUUCAGGAACUAGCCUGGCUCCCGGCAGGCGCUGCUGGUCUUUGUGCUCUGUACGCCCCCACUGCACCCCGGCUGCUUUGAAACCUCCACCUGCUUUGCAGAAAAUGGAAAGGAACGCCUGUGUCUUCAUUUAACAAUCACCUCUUUUUAAAAAAGGCUUGGCAGCAGGAGACACGGGGAAACCAGCUCAUAGAUCUAAUUUUCCAUAUUCUAGGGGAGGACGAGUCCAUUCCCAGGUGGGAACCAGUUCUUUUGUAAUAUUAGUUCUAAAGGCAUUUCUCAAGAUGCAGGUUUGGAAGGGCACAGCAAACAGUGUCAGGA